UGGAUGUGAUGGCAAAGUUCAUCGACCCAUCUUCAAUUCGUGCUUCGCAGCCAGCUAACUUUGUGCAUAAUGACCGAUCAACACUGGAACACAGCGGGAGAGCCGAAGAGAAUUCUUCGAAUUUCGUCUACAAUCCGAAUAACAGACUGCCAAUCUACGCACAGCGGUCAAAGCUGCCGAUCUGUGCCUCGAGAGACCAUCUCAUGUUUCUUCUUGAGAAGUACCAAGUUGUAGUGGUGGUUGGAGAGACUGGAUCAGGGAAGUCAAGUCAGGUGCCGCAGUAUCUCGUUGAAGUAGGGUGGGCACACCACGGAAAGCAAAUCGCAGUAACACAGCCGCGGAGAGUAGCGGCGGUGUCACUGGCAGCUCGGGUUGCAGAGGAGAGGAACUGUAUGCUAGGUGACGAAGUCGGUUAUGCUAUACGGUUUGACGACUGUACAAGUCCAAAUACGAAGAUUAAGUUUCUAACUGAUGGUCUAUUGUUGCGUGAAAUGAUGGGAGACCCCUUGUUGGAAAAGUUUUCUGUCAUAAUGCUAGAUGAAGCGCAUGAGAGAAGUAUAAACACUGAUAUGUUAGCAGGACUGUUGAAAAAGGUUCUGAAAAAGAGAUCUGAUUUGAGGGUUAUAGUAUCUAGUGCGACUAUUGACGCACAGAAAAUGAAAGAUUUCUUCAAUGUUAAAAAACGAGGCGAUGUUUCUACCGACAAUGCAGCUAUACUUCAAAUUGAGGGUCGAUGUUUUCCGGUGGAAAUUAUGUACUCCAAGCACCCUGUGGACGACUACGUGAAAGCCACUGUCGAUACAGUUCUGAUCAUUCAUAAAUCGAAUGCGCCCGGAGAUGUUCUGGCUUUCCUAACUGGCCAAGAUGAGGUCGAGGAAUGUUGCAGACUUCUGUCAGAAAAACUAAAAAAUGUGGCUAAUAUCUCCAAGUACAAAAUACAAGCUAUUCCCAUGUACUCAAAUUUACCUGCUAGAGAGCAAUUAAAAGUGUUUCAAAGAGCUCCAAGUGGAACUCGGAAAGUUAUAUUUUCGACAAAUAUUGCGGAAACCUCAAUUACGAUAGAUAAUAUUAUACAUAUCAUAGACUGUGGGUUCGUUAAGACAACAGUGUAUGAUGCCGAUUUUAAUACUGAAACGUUAACCGUGUUACCGGUAUCGCAAGCUUCAGCCAAUCAGAGGGCUGGAAGAGCGGGUCGUGUGACGUCAGGAAAGUGCUAUCGACUUUACUCCGAAGAUGAGUUUGAAAAACUCAAGCCGCAAUCUGUUCCUGAGCUACAGCGAAGCUCAAUGGCUUUUCCCAUUCUUCAACUAAAAGCUCUUGGGGUAUCAAAUGUAGCUAAGUUUGAUUUUUUAUCUCCACCCCCGUCAAAAAAUUUUGCAAGAGCACUUGAACUUCUUUUCUCCCUGGGUGCGAUUGAUGCAAAAGUUGAGUUAAUAAACCCAAUUGGAAACCAAAUGGCCGAAAUGCCCUUGAAUCCAAUGUUUGCUAAAUGUCUUUUGACGGCUAAUGAGUUCGACUGCUCAGAUGAAAUUUUGACCUUAUGUGCGUUGAUGCAGAUAAAAAAUGUUUUCCACGUUCCAUCGAGUGGAAAAGAAAAAAUGAAAGCCGCAAGAGUUCAACGUGAGUUUUAUGCUACUGAAGGUGACCAUAUGACGAAAUUGAAUGUUUUCACAUCUUAUGUUAACAACCGCAGAAGUAAAUCAUGGUGCGAUAAAUACUACGCUAGCUAUGCGUCUUUAAAUAGAGCUUAUCAUAUUAAAGAGCAGCUUUUAAAAUACGCAAGAAGGUUUGGAAUCGAGCUGACAUCUGCAAAAGGUUUCGACGACGACAAGGUUCUCAGAUGCCUCUGCGCCGGGUUCUUUGCCAAUGUUGCGAUCUACACUUCAAGAGGAUGUUUCAGAAGUAUCCGAGACCCCGUAAGCUCUCCUGAUUUAUUCAUACAUCCAGAUUCUGUGCUUUAUACUGUCCCGUUUAACAGUGGAACUUAUGUGUUAUUUACAGAGACGGUUCAUUCUACAAAAAUUUACCUAAGAGAAUGCUCGAUAGUAAAGUCAGAUUGGUUAUUGCAAGUAGCGCCUCAUUUUUACUCUGUCAGAUAG